AUGGAAGAAAAAGAUAAGGACAUGGACAAAAUGAGACAAGAGAUUAAUAAUCUUGGGGAACAAGUUUCAAAAAUACUGGAAUUGCUUUCAAUGGGGAAAGGAAAAAUCGCUAUAGAUACAACACAAUCAAGCAAUCCAAUUCAAGACACAAAUGAUCCCAUUUUUCCUCCAGGAUUCACUCCAUACCACAUGAAUGUUCCGCAGUCUCAAACCACUCAACACUAUGUUCCUACAAAUCCGCUGUAUGUUGUUCCACCCAUUGUCCCAGGUAUAGAACAUUUGGAAGCUCAGGCUAAAAUUCAAGACAUGGGACAAAACGAGAACAAUCCGGCUAAGCAAAAGUUAGAUGUUUUGGAAGAAAGGUUACGAGCAAUUGAAGGGACUGAUGUCUAUGGAAAUAUAGAUGUAACACAAUUGUGCUUGGUGCCAGGCUUGAUCAUUCCAGCAAAGUUUAAAGUUCCUGAAUUCGAUAAAUAUGAUGGAUCAACAUGUCCAAGGAGUCAUCUUAUAAUGUACUGUAGAAAGAUGGCGGCGCAUAUUAAUAAUGAUAAAUUGCUAGUCCAUUACUUCCAGGAUAGCUUGACUGGUCCAGCUAGUCGAUGGUAUAUUCAAUUAGAUAAUGCACACAUUCACGUUUGGAAGGACUUAGCUGAUGCAUUUCUAAAGCAAUACAAACAUAACAUUGAUAUGGCCCCAGACCGUUUAGACUUGUAACGGAUGGAGAAGAAGAGUUCGAAAAGCUUCAAAGAAUAUGCUCAACGAUGGAGAGAUAUGGCUGCCGAGGUUCAACCACCGUUAAUAGACAAAGAAAUGACAUCUAUGUUUAUGAAUACCUUGCGGGCUCCAUUCUAUGAGCGAAUGAUUGGUAAUGCAUCAAAAAAAAUUUCUGAUAUUAUCGUUAUUGACGAAAGAAUUGAAUAUGGGAUAAAACACGGGAGGUUAGCAGAGGCUACAACUGAAUAUGGUGGAAUAAAGAAAGGAACAAUAUCCAAGAAGAAAGAAGGAGAGGUUCAUGCAAUUGGUUUUCCUAAUUUAGGGAAGCACAAACCAAAUUUUGAUCAGAGAAAAUAUGAGCAAAACUUCCCGUCAUAUAUAAGCAAUGUCUCUCAUAUCCCUUAUAAUAGCUAUGUACCAGUCCAUACCGUCUCUGAAACUCCAAAACCCGUUAACUCAAAUUCUCCUCGACCAUUUGUACAGGGUCAAGGUAGCAAAACCAAUUCAGAUACAUGGCGGUUUGAUCCGAUUCCCAUGACUUAUACAGAGCUUUUACCUCAACUAAUUCAAAAUCGACAGUUAGCUCCUAUUCCAAUGAUUCCUAUACAACCUCCUUUACCUAAAAUGGCGCAAUCUCUAAUUAAUGCUGGAUGGUUGAGCUUCAAAAAAUCUGGCGAGAAGCCGAAUGUCAAUGAAAAUCCACUGCCUAAUCAUGAAAAUCCAAAAGUGAACGCUGUGGAUAGCCUUGUUGAGAAGUGCAAAAAUGAAGUCCAUGAGAUAGUGAUGCCUAUGGAAGCACUUUUUGAAAGUCUUUUUGAAGCAGGAUAUGUUAGUCAUGAAUAUCUAGACCCCAACAUAAGAUAUGAAGGGAAUCAGCGGGAUAACCGAAGUGAAAGACGCUACAAACCAGAUAACUUAACAAUCCCUUCUGAUGGUCUAAUACUGGAGCAAGGUAGGAAAAAUGAGAAAAGAAAUGUGAAAGAGCAUUGCAAAGACCAAGAUGUGGAGAUGUCUGUCAUUGCAAAAGAUAUAGAAUACAAAAAACUUGUCACGGAUGAGGAAGCAAAUGAAUUCUUGAAAAUAGUAAAACAAAGUGAGUAUAAGAUCAUAGAGCAAAUGCAUCAUACUCCAACUCGAAUUUCUUUAUUAUCGUUUUUGAAUUCAGAGCCUCAUCGCAAAGUGUUAUUAGAUAUUUUGAACAAGGCACAUGUUGGACAUGACAUUUCAGUAGAAAAGUUUAGUGGAAUUAUAGGAAACAUUACAUCUUCAAAUUCCAUAGUCUUCACAGAUGACGAAUUUCCUCCUGAAGGCUUAGGCCAUACAAAAGCACUGCAUAUUCAAGUGAAGUGCAAAGACUACGUCAUUGCAAGAGUUUUAGUGGAUAACGGAUCAGCUCUCAAUAUAAUGCCUAAAUCUACACUAUUGAAGCUUACCGUGGAUAUGUCACACAUAAAAUCAAGUACUAUGGUUGUGAAAGCUUCUGAUGGGUCACGCAGAGAAGUAAUGGGUGACAUUGAACUACUAGUUAAAAUUGGCUCAUGUAUUUUCAACAUAGUCUUUCAAGUCAUGGAGAUAACACCCACGUACAGUUUUUUAUUAGGACGUCCUUGGGUUCACUCCGCAGGAGUGGUGCCAUCCACAUUGCAUCAAAAACUGAAAUUUAUUUUUGGGAGUAAGUUGAUUUGCGUGAUGGGAGAGGAAGAUUUCUUAAUAACAAAGCCAGUCUCAACCCCAUAUGUUGAAGCGACGGAAGAAGCAUUAAAGUGUUCUUUUCGCUCUUUUGAAAUUCCUCAUGCAACUAUGAUGGAAGCAACUGUAGAUGAAGUGAUAAAGCCACACAAGUCUAAAGUUGAAGUUAUGACCACUAGGAUAAUGGGAGGUGGAGGAUAUUCUUUGAAUAAAAACUUAGAGACACCUCUAAAACACCAAGCAAUGAUGGGAGACAAUAUUCAUAAGAAUGAAGAUGUUAGUAAUUCCAGUUCUACCCUUGAUGCCUUAAUAUACACUAUGGAAUCUGACAAGGAAAGCGACGAUGAAGAUGAUGUGGGAAUAUCCUCAGAAUUGUUAAGAAUGGUAAAAGAAGAAGAUGAGGUUCUUGGUCCUCACCAAGAACUAGUUGAAGCAAUCAAUUUGGGUUCUCAAGAGGAGUCAAAAGAGGUAAAAAUUGGCACAUCAUUGACAAGUGAAUCACGGAAAAAACUGAUCAAUUUGUUACGUGAGUAUUCAGAUAUUUUUGCUUGGAGUUAUCAGGAUAUGCCAGGAUUAAGUACGGAUAUUGUAGUACACCGAGUUCCUUUAAAACCAGAAUGAAACCCGGUGAGACAAAAUCUACGUAAAAUGAAACCUGAUGUACUGAUUAAAAUAAAGGAGGAAGUACAGAAGCAAAUUGAAGCAAGAUUCCUCACAGUCUCCAAAUAUCCUGAAUGGGUGGCAAACAUUGUUCCAGUGCCCAAAAAAGACGGAAAAGUGAGAAUGUGUGUGGAUUAUAGAGAUUUAAAUCGAUUCAGUCCAAAAGAUAACUUCCCUUUACCUCAUAUCGAUAUGUUGGUGGAUAACACUGCAGGAUACUCAACUUUCUCCUUUAUGGAUGGUUUUUCAGGAUAUAAUCAGAUCAAAGUGGCUGAAGAAGAUAGAGAAAAAACGACAUUCAUUACCCUUUGGGGAACAUUAUGCUACAAAGUAAUGCCUUUUGGUUUGAAAAAUGUUGGGGCAACGUAUCAGCGAGCAAUGGUUACACUUUUUCAUGAUAUGAUGCAUAAAGAAAUAGAGGUAUAUGUUGAUGAUAUGAUCGCAAAAUCCAGAGAUGAAGAUCAUACAACCACACUCCAAAAAUUAUUUAAUCAGUUGAGAAAAUAUCAAUUGAAAUUAAAUCCAUCCAAAUGCACAUUUGGGGCAACUUCGGGAAAGCUAUUGGGAUUCAUCGUCAGCAAAGAAGGGAUCAAAGUGGACCCAGAUAAAGUAAGGGCUAUCAUGGCAAUGCCAUCCCCUAAAACAGAAAAAGAAAUUCGAGGUUUUCUGCGAAGAUUGAACUACAUAUCCAGAUUUAUCUCACAUUUAACACCAACAUGCGAACCAAUCUUCAAGCUCUUACGUAAAAACAACCCAGGAAAAUGGAAUGAGAAUUGUGAAGAAGUUUUCAACAAAAUUAAGCAGUAUUUGCAGAGCCUACCAAUACUGAUACCUCCAGCUUCAGGGCGACUGUUAAUCUUGUUAAUCUUGUAUUUAACAGUAUUAGAAAGUUCCAUGGAUGGUGUUCUAGGAUAACAUGAUUCAUCAAGGAAGAAGGAGCAUGCCAUUUAUUAUUUGGACAAAAAGUUUACCGAUUAUGAAUCUAGAUACUUAAUGUUAGAGCGAACUUGUUGUGCUUUGGUAUGGACCACUCAUCGUUUGAGGCAAUAUAUGUUAUACCACACGACAUGUCAUAUUUCAAAAAUGGAUCCAAUAAAAUACAUUUUUGAGAAACCGUCAUUAUCUGGAAGGAGUGCAAAAUGGCAAGUUUUGUUGUCAGAGUACGAUAUUGUUUAUGUUACUAAAAAAGCAAUAAAGGGAAGCGCAGUUGCUGAUCAUUUAGCUGCUCAACCAAUAGCAGAUUACGAACCUAUGAGGAUUGAUUUUCCGGAUGAAAACAUAUUUCUAGUUGAAAAGAAUGCUAGAGAUCAUGAGACAUGGACUAUGCUUUUCGAUGGUGCCUCAAAUGAGUUGAGACAUGGGAUUGGAGUUGUGCUAAUUUCUUCAGAAGGAAAGGUUUUUCCCCUAACGGCCAAGUUAUGUUUUGAAUGCACUCAUAAUAUCGCUGAAUAUGAAGCUUGCAUUAUGGGACUUCAAGUAGCAUGCGAUAUGAGUAUUAAAAAGUUGAAACUUUUAGGUGACUCGAUGUUAGUGAUACAUCAAGUCAAGGAAGAAUGGGAAACAAGAGAUGCUAAAUUGGUGCCUUACAGCCAAUACGUUACAAAAUUGUCUCAAAAUUUUGAGAAGAUUUCAUUUGACCACGUUCCUAGGGAAGACAAUCGAAUGGUGGAUGCAUUAGCCACUCUGGCAGUGAUGUUUGAUCUUAAUCUUGAAUUUGAACUUCAUCCAAUCCAAAUUACAAAGCGAGAUGUGCCAGCAUAUUGCAUGAAUGUUGGAAAUGAUAACAAGCCAUGGUAUUUUGACAUUAAGCAAUACAUAAAGUGUAGAGAAUAUCCAUAUGAAGCUUCAGAGAAUGACAAACGCACAAUAAGGAGGUUGGCCAUGAACUUUUUCUUAAGUGGUGAAGUUCUUUAUAAAAGAAACCACGAUAUGGUGCUCCUUCGGUAUGUUGAUGAAGAGGAAGCAAAACAAAUUAUGAUAGACAUUCAUGAAGGAAUAUGUGGAACACAUGCUAAUGGACAUAUGAUGCCUAGACAAAUACUUAGAUCUGGUUAUUAUUGGACAAUGAUGGAAUCAGACUGCAUAAAAUAUGUAAGGGAAUGUAAAAAGUGUCAAAUUUAUAUGGAUAAGAUCCAUGUAGCAGCAUCUCCAUUGCAUAUCUUGUCAGCACCAUGGCCAUUUUCUUUAUGGGGAAUGGAUGUUAUUGGACCCAUUGAUCCUAAAGCCUCAAAUGGCCAUCGUUUUAUUCUUAUGGCCAUUGAUUACUUCACUAAAUGGAUAGAUGAUGCAUCUUAUUGCAAUGUUACAAGGGGAGUAGUGCUCAAGUUUAUCAAGAAAGAGCUUAUAUGUCGUUAUGGUCUCCCAGAGGGUAUUAUUACGGAUAAUGCCAAGAACCUUAAUAACAAAAUGAUGGACGAACUUUGUGAGCAGUUCAAGAUCAAUCACCGAAAUUCGACUCCAUAUCGCCCAAAGAUGAAUGGGGCAGUUGAGGCAGCUAACAAAAAUAUUAAAAGAAUCAUUGAGAAAAUGACAAUAACAUACAAAGAUUGGCAUGAAAUGCUACCAUUUUCUCUGCAUGGAUAUCGCACGUCAGUUCGUACUUCAACAGGGGCAACACCAUUUUCUUUAGUUUAUGGUAUGGAAGCUAUUUUACCUUUAGAAGUUGAGAUACCUUCAUUGAGAGUUCUCAUGGAAGCUAAGUUAGAUGAAGCCGAAUGGAUACGAGGUCGUUAUGAGCAGUUGAAUUUUGUUGAAGAAAAACGGUUGGCAGCAUUAAAUCAUGGGCAACUUUACCAAAGAAGACUAAUGCGAGCAUACAAUAAGAAAGUGCAUCCUCGAAGCUUUCGAGAGGGAGAUUUGGUAUUAAAAAGAAUACUUCCGUUUCAAAAGGAUUAUCGAGGAAAAUGGACUCCUAAUUAUGAAGGUCCAUUUGUAGUGAAAAAAGCUUUUUCAGGAGGAGCUCUACUUUUGACUAAUAUGGAUGGCGUUGAGUUAAAAAAUCCUGUGAAUUCAGAUUAUGUUCGAAGAUAUUAUGCAUGGGGCCUUUUCUUAGAGGGUUUCGUAAUGUUGAAAGAAGUCAGGGGUAUUUCUAGGAAACUUACAUUUAGUUCUUAG